UACUAAGAAACUUGAAACCAUCCCAUCCCAGCGUACCAAAGUGGAGUGUAGACCACUUUUCUGUACUUUGAAUGCAAAUCGAGUGUUUCGGACGCAAUACCCUUGUACUUCUAUUGCAUAACGUUUGCUCUCCAAGAAAAUUUUUCGAUAGUGUCAUGGCUUUUCGGCUUAUCUGCUUUUUGUUUCCUCUCCUGCUGACACAACCUUGUUCAACCACUGUUCAGUCCUACCAAAUUAUUUCCUUAGGCUUAUCUCUCACUGCAUUGGAUGACAACACUUCCUGGCCAUCACCGUCUGGUGAAUUUGCAUUCGGUUUUCAGAAAAUUGAAAAUGGCUGCUUCUUACUAGCCAUCUGGUUCGACAGAAUACCUGAAAAAACCAUUGUUUGGUCUGCCAACAGGAAUAAUCCAGUGAAGAGAGGCUCCAACGUAAUGCUUACUGAAGACGGCCGAUUAGUGCUUAAUGACCAAAAUGGCAAAUCCAUAUGGAGAGCUGAUACUGCCGGCCGCAGACCCGCUUUUGCAGCCAUGCUCGACAAUGGAAACUUCGUUCUUGCCAACUAUGAUUCAGACAAUUUGUGGGACAGCUUUAGCCAACCAACUGACACCAUACUGCCCGCACAAACUCUAAUUCAAGGCAGCAAACUCAUUGCUCGUUACUCAACCAAGAAUUACUCGACCGGAAGAUUUGUAUUUACAUUAAAAUCUGAUGGCAAUCUCGAGCUCUGUACCACAGCUUUUCCAUUUGAUUAUGAUGAUUCUUGCUAUUGGUCAUCUAAGACUGGUGGCAGUGGCUUUCGGGUGAUCUUCAACCAGUCUGGUGAAAUUUACCUUGAAGCGAAAAACAAAACCAUGCUUACGAAUUUGUCCCCGAUUGUACCUUCAACUCAAGACUUCUAUCAUAAAGCCAUUCUUGAAUAUGAUGGAGUUUUCAGGCAUUAUGUGUACCCGAAACACCCGAGUCUUCGUGAUGCUGGGUGGCCUAUGAAGUGGUCCCCCGUAUCAUUCUUACCUUUAAACAUCUGCUUGCAACUUACAGAAAAUGAAGGCGGUGGAGCUUGUGGAUUCAACAGCUAUUGCAGUCUUGGAGAUAACCACAGACCAAAUUGCAAAUGUCCACCGGGUUAUACCUUUCUGGAUCCAGAUGAUGUCAUGAAGGGAUGCAAACAGGAAUUUGUUUCACAGAAUUGUGAAGAGGCAUCACAAGCAGCGGAUCUUUUUCAUCUGGAAGCAAAGGAGAAUACAGACUGGCCAUUUUCUGAUUAUGGACACUUCAAGACAGUAAGUGAGGAUUGGUGCAGGAACGCUUGCUUGAAUGAUUGUUUUUGCGCCGUGGCCAUUUUCAGAAAUGGCGAAUGUUGGAAGAAGAGAAUUCCUCUAUCAAAUGGCAGGUUUGAUUCCAGCAUUGGAGGAAAAGCUCUAAUAAAAGUGAGAGACAACUCAAAUUUGAAGCCGGAUUCAUCAAGAAAUAACAACCAUUCAGCUUUAUUCAUCAUUGUGUCACUAUUGUUAAGUAGUUCAGUGUCUCUUAACUUUCUGCUACUGCUAGGUGCUUUUCUGGCUGUGUUCUGCUUUGGUUAUGGGAAAACAAAGAAGAUUCAGUUAGAAACAACGGUGCAAGGAAUAAAUCUGCGAAGUUUCACUUACAGUGAACUAGAAAAAGCCACAAAUAAAUUCAAGGAAGAAAUCGGUAGGGGUGCUUUCGCAACAGUUUAUAAAGGACUUCUAGCAUUUGACAGUGGAACUGUUGUCGCAGUUAAGAAUCUGGACACAAUGAUGAGAGAAAAUGAGAAGGAACUUAAAACAGAAGUGGGAGCAAUUGGCAGAACAAAUCAUAAGAACUUAGUUCAUCUAAUAGGAUUCUGCAAUGAAGGAGAACAUCGACUUUUGGUAUAUGAAUUCAUAAGCAAUGGCAAUUUAGCAAAAUUCUUAUUUGGAAAUUCAAGACCCAGUUGGUACAAAAGAAUGCAGAUAGCUUUUGGGAUUGCAAGAGGACUCUUCUACCUGCAUGAAGAAUGCAGCACUCAGAUCAUACACUGCGAUAUCAAACCUCAGAACAUCCUUCUUGAUGACUCAUUUAGCGCAAGGAUUUCUGAUUUUGGACUUGCCAAGCUUUUGAAGGCGGACCAGACUCGAACUGCAACUGCAAUCAGGGGAACCAAAGGUUAUGUAGCCCCUGAAUGGUUUAAGAACCUGCCUGUUACUGUCAAGGUUGAUGUCUACAGUUUUGGCAUUCUGCUACUAGAGCUUAUCUGUUGCAGGAAAAAUUUUGAACCAGAGGUAAAGGAUGAAAAUGAGAUGGUACUGGCCGACUGGUCUUAUGAUUGCUACAAAGCAGGGGAAGUGAAUUUGCUAAUGCAGAAUGAUGAGGAGGCAAUGCAAGACAUCAAGAAUGUGGAGAAGUUUGUGAUGAUUGCAAUCUGGUGCAUUCAGGAGGAUCCAUCACUAAGACCUACAAUGAAGAAAGUCACACAAAUGCUUGAAGGAGCUGUGGAAGUUUCUGUUCCUCCAAAUCCAUCAUCAUAUAUUAGUUCAAUUGGAUCCUUUUAGUGAUGUUCACAGCUGAUCAUUAGUUUUAUACAUUAAUCAGCAGUUAUAAGAUGAAACAAGCAUGUUGACCACCCACCAAGUAGUUUAAUAUUCUCUCGAAUGCAUUGCAUAACAUAAUUUUUUUAAUACAACCUUGUUAGAAUCCUAGAAGUUCAUUUCUAUCAAGUAAACUACUUUCUAUUGUCAAUAUUCAC